CCCGUCCGUGUGGAGCUCGCAGGAGUCCACGAGGAGGAUUUAAUCAUUUGUCAUUUUAUACAGAAGAGAGCAGCGCCGGCGGACUGCUCAGACCCUGCGGACGGACGCAGUCACCAGUGAGCAUCUCCAGAGCCCGCUGAUGCGCAAAGAGAGGAAGUCAGCCAGAGAACGACAUCAUGAGUGACCGGUUCAACUGCAAAAACUGCAACGAGUCCCUGUGUGGACGCAAAUACAUCCAGGUGGAGGACAGCCCUCACUGCAUCCCCUGCUACGACCGCCUGUAUGCCAACACCUGCCAGGAAUGUAAAGAAAUCAUCGGUCAUAAUGCCAAGGAGCUCUUCUAUGAGAGCAGACAUUACCACGCUCACUGUUUCCGCUGUUUCCGCUGCGACCGCUCUCUGGCGGACGAGUCCUUCACCAGCCAGGGCGACGCGCUGGUGUGCAGCGACUGCUACUGCAAUGAGUUUUCCUCCAAGUGCGCGGCCUGCGACAAGACAGUCAUGCCAGGAUCGAGGAUGUUGGAGUACGGCGGCUCCGCGUGGCACGAGGACUGUUUUGUGUGUCACGGCUGUGACAAGCCAAUCGGCGCCGAGGCCUUCAUCCCAGACAAAAACAACUACUACUGUGUGCCGUGCUACGAGGGCAGGGUGGCUCCUCAGUGCAGUCACUGCAAAAAGGCUCUGACUAAAGGAGGGGUGACCUACAAGGACGAGGUGUGGCACAAAGAGUGUUUCCUCUGCACGGGCUGCAAAGCUCCUCUGGCUGGCCAGCCCUUCACCUCGCAGGGAGAAAGUCCGUACUGUGUCAAGUGUUUCAGCAGCCUGUACGCCAAAAAGUGUGCCGGCUGCAAAACGGCCAUCACAGGGUUCGGAGAUGGGAAGUAUGUGUCCUUCGAGGACCGGCAGUGGCACCAGCCGUGCUUUAAGUGUUCGCGAUGCUCCGUGUCGCUGGUGGGCUCCGGCUUCUUCCCUGACCGCGACCAGAUUCUGUGUACAGACUGCAACAGCGACGACUGACCGCCGCGAACUACACCUGCACAGCAGAUAUGAGACACUGCUGAGCCCAGCAGAAAAACUUCUGAACCUCAGCCUUGCACAUGAACACUGCAAUAAUACUAAUUCACUCGCAGUGUAAAGCUGAUACAAAGCUCAGUAUUUACACCUCAAAACUCUAGUCCGCUUUUAGCUCAUUGAAAUGUCUGUAUAAAGUCUGCAGAAGUGUCCUGUGAUGGUGUACGACUAUGUUUUUCUGUAUUUUAUAUGUUUUGCACAUCAAAGACUAAAAUGAAUAUACUAAAGAUACAUGUAAACCUUUAAAUUAAGCUGUUUGUUUAUUCGUACAGGUGCUAAUGCACCAUUUUAUAACACUUUUCUUUCAUGACUGCUAGAUAGAACCAAAAUUGAAUGUUCACCUAUGAUUAACAAACAAAUUUCUGCUAUUUUUUUUUUUAGAACAAUACCACAUCUGCUUCUUCCACUGCUUGCUGUAUGUAAACUUAUUUUUUGAAAGUGAACUGUUGGAAAAACACACUUUUUGUUUUCUUCUCUUUACUGGCAUACAUUUAAUAAAAUGUCA